AGACGCUCUUGCUGAAUGUGUUUUCCCUGCAGCGGGGUUUACGGUUACGGAGAAGAAGAAAAAGAAGAAGGGCACCGCUCAGAGACUCGGUCACGGAUCCGUUCAUUCGGUGUAAUUUUCAUAACCGCACACUGACCUUUCUCUUUACCGGUGUGCCCGCGUAUUGGCAUCUUUCUUUUUUCUUUUUUUUUCCCAUGAAGGCGGAGCGAGGCAUCUUGUAAGGAAACCUACCGAGAGAUCUGACUGAUCCAACCGACUUGGAUAUAAACCUUACCGAAUGAUCCUGAAAUGAGUCUCACUACACGGGUUUAUGUGCUCAUCUCCUCCGUUUUCUAGACCCGGGGGUACUAAAGAUGCAGCUGGUAGUGCGGGUACCUGUCCUGGUUUCACACCGGCUCGGUUCGUCCCGGUAGACUGAUCCUGUCCGGUGCUGCGGUGUCCAUAGGGGCCACCAGAGUGAUUUAAAAAAGAAAACAAAAGAAAAACAGGAUCCGCCACCAGCAGCCUGACCGAUGGAUAACUACUCUACUUUACAACUGCAGUGUCUGGAAAUGACCACUAAGCGGAAGCUGAUUGGCCGGCUGGUGCCGUGCCGUUGUUUCCGUGGUGAAGAGGAAGUGAUCUCGGUGUUGGACUACUCCCACUGCAGCCUGCAGCAGGUCCCCAAGGAAAUCUUCAGCUUCGAGAGAACUCUGGAGGAGCUCUACCUAGAUGCCAACCAGAUUGAGGAACUACCCAAGCAACUCUUCAACUGCCAGGCCUUGAAGAAGCUGAGCAUGCCCGAUAACGACCUGUCCAACUUGCCCACCACCAUCGCCAGUUUGGUUAACCUCAAAGAGCUGGACAUCAGUAAAAACGGUAUCCAGGAGUUUCCAGACAAUAUAAAAUGCUGUAAAGGCCUGUCUGUGGUGGAGGCCAGUGUCAACCCUAUCACCAAACUCCCAGAUGGUUUUACGCAGCUCCUGAAUCUGACCCAGCUCUUCUUAAACGAUGCCUUCUUGGAGUAUCUGCCGGCUAACUUCGGCAGACUCUCCAAACUACGGAUCCUGGAGCUGAGAGAGAACCACCUGAAAACAAUGCCAAAGUCCAUCCACAGACUGACACAGUUGGAGAGGUUGGAUCUGGGUAGCAAUGAAUUCACUGACAUGCCGGAGGUGUUGGAACAGAUCCACAACCUGAAAGAGCUUUGGCUGGAUAACAACUCUCUACAGUCUAUACCAGGGUCAAUAGGAAAACUUCGUCAGCUACGGUACUUGGACUUAGCUAAGAAUCGCAUUGAGACGUUGGACACGGAUAUUUCAGGCUGCGAGGCCUUAGAAGACCUGCUGCUAUCCUCCAACAUGCUACAGCACCUCCCUGACACUAUAGGAAUGUUGAAGAAGCUGACAACAUUGAAGGUAGAUGACAACCAGCUGACCUCACUGCCUAACACCAUAGGGAGUGCGAAGCCAAAGCAAGGUCUGUCUCUAUUGGAGGAGUUGGACUGUAGUUGUAAUGAGUUGGAGUCGUUGCCUCCCACUAUCGGCUACCUGCACAGCCUGAGGACCUUCGCUGCUGACGAGAACUUCCUCACAGAGCUGCCCCGGGAGAUCGGUAACUGUAAGAACGUGACGGUAAUGUCACUGCGGUCCAACAAACUGGAGUUUCUUCCUGAUGAGAUUGGACAGAUGACCAAACUAAGAGUCCUCAACCUUAGUGACAACAGGUUAAAGAAUCUACCGUUUACCUUUACUAAGCUGAAGGACCUGGCAGCUCUCUGGCUUUCUGACAAUCAGUCCAAGGCUCUGAUCCCACUGCAGACAGAAGCCCACCCUGAAACCAAACAGAAGGUUUUGACCAACUACAUGUUUCCUCAGCAACCGCGACAUGAUGAGGAUUACCAGUCGGACAGUGACAGUUUUAAUCCUACUCUGUGGGAGGAGCAGAGACAGCAGAGGAUGACUGUGGCCUUUGACUUUGAGGACAAGAAAGAAGAGGAAGACAACUCUGGGAAGGUCAAGGUGGAGAUAAACCUAAAGCGCUACCCAACACCCUACCCUGAGGACCUUAAGAACAUGGUCAAGUCAGUUCAAAGCCUUGUGGGUAAAAGCGUACAUGCGGGACACGGGCACCAACACCAACACCAACACCAACACCAGCACCAGCACCAGCACCAGCUGAGCACAGGCACUGCCACCUCGGCAGGAACCAACAUGGAACACACACACCUCAGCAAAGAACAAUACGAACCACCGUGGCCCCUGCCUCCCAAAGAGGUCACAGACAGAGAGAUGCAGGACUUCUCUCAGACUCAGCUAAUGGAUCAGGGAUCAAUGCAUAACUCUGGCAUCGACAUUCCCAAGAGGAAGGACAAAGAGGACCUGACAGAGAGCUCUGAGGACUCGAUGGGCGGCUCUCCCAACGACAUCCGUAUAUCUGACAUGAGGCCCACCCUGGUGGAGCCACCUAUGUACAAGCCAAAGGUUGUGCUGCUGGGGAAGGACAAGAAAGAGUCUACAGAUGAGGAGGUGGAUAAGCUUCACUGUCUGAACCACAGCGGCUCCUCAGCCACCUACUCCGACUACUCCCCCUCGCAGGGCUCCUCCGGUUCCUCCAACCCACCCGCCAACGCACACUCGCACACACACACUCACACACACCAACACACUCAAGCCCUGCCGGCUCCCAGCAAGGACCAGGCCCCUCAGACACACUGGACCAACAGACUGGCUCAGUCGUUUCCCAAGCCCAUUGACUCAAAGCCCCUGCUAUCUCAGAGAGAAACCCCUCCAUCAGGAACCCUGCAGCAGCGUGGGGAUCGGCGUCCACUGAGUGAACCUUUUGAUUGGUCUGAGGCCCCUCACUAUGACAACACAGGUUUUGAUGCUGAGGAGUCUCCUCUGGACAAUCAAUCCUCUACUACGAGUCAGGGAAACCCACCACUGGGCUCCAAACCCCGCAGCCAGUCAACACACGGGCGCCGCCCUCUCCUCAGGCAAGAACGUAUCGUAGGAGUUCCUCUGGAGCUGGACACUCAGACGCUCCCCUUCCACGGCAACCAACGCUCAACUCCAGACAAUGACCCACAAUCCUCUGGCCAUCCUUCCCAAAAUCCUUGGCAGAACUGGACUAGAACCCCCAGCCCGCUGGAGGACCGAACCGCUUUUCCUUCCAAACUGGACCUGACGCCCACUUCCAGCCCCAACCCUGAUCGCAAGGACAUGGAUUCAAGACUGGAACAAGGCACAGGACCUUUGCCCGGCAGCUGGACAUACCACAACAAUCAGGGGGAACAGAACAGGAAGGAUCAACUGAAUGUCAUUGGGGGCAACAAGGUAACCGUGGUAAUGAGUAAAAGCUCAGACCGCUUGUCCCCCAUGAUGAGGGAGACGAGAUCCAAGUUUAAGAAGUCACAGAGCAUCGAUGAGAUUGACAUCGGCUCAUACAAGGUCUACAGUAUUCCCGUGGACAGCUACAGUUCAUCCAUUGAGCAGCAGACUAGUCUGGACCGUCAAGAUUUGCCUGGUUCUAUGGAGCAGACCAGCAUGGCACGGUCACAGUCUGCCCCCAUGUUAGACGAUGAGUUGGGCUACCCGGGACACGGAGCCAGCAACCAGAACCAGUCGGGACAGAACCAAAAACCUGCCAUCCCACACAAGGCCUACCAUUUUGACCACAACUACAACCCCCAGGUGACCAUGGACCGUCGGGUCCCUCCCCCCUUCCCCAACACACCAGAUUAUGUCAACCACUCAUCGAAGGCCUUGGAGUACAUCAAUCAACCAGGGAAGACAUUACCCAAGGAGUUGGUGAGCCCUAGAUAUCGUGCAUAUCCACCACUGGAGAUGUUUUCUUUCCCCCAAUCGCCAAUCAACCAGGAUGGACCGCCCAGCCAGCAGCAGCAUCCAAUCCCAACACAGCGCUCCAGGCCAGGGUUUUUGCGGAGAGCAGAUUCAUUGGUGAGCUCUACAGAGCUUGCUUUGUUCCGCAGAGUCCAUGAAGCCCAGCAGGAGGCGCUGCAGGAAGCUCAGUACAGACAGCAGGCGGACCCCCCUCUUUAUGGUCGGGCUCUUGUCUACUCCAGCCCCAUGGAGCACUCUGCUCUCACCAAUAUGGCCGACAGCCAGAGCCAGAUGCUGCACAACAAGAGAAAUGGUCGCUACGAUGACGACUAUCCCACCUACCAGGAACAGAAGAAGCCCAUGAUUGGUUAUCCGACCAAGAGCCUGACUCAGCGCCGCCCGCUGUCUGCCAGGAGCUACAGUACUGAGACCUACGGAGCAUCUCAGGCACGUCCAGUGUCAGCUCGUCCCACCAUGGCUGCCCUGCUGGAGAAAAUGCCCCCUGACUAUGCUCUGGCAACCUGCCCUGAGAAACCAACUGAUGACACCAUCAAAGUAAGACCUGUCGUACCACAGAAACCUGAAGACAUCACCUCCAGGAUGCCUGCCGAUUGGAGGCAACAGCUACUUAGGCACAUAGAGGCCAAACGAUUGGACAGGAGUGGUGUCCUAAAGCACAACACGCUCACGCUGGGCAUGCUCUGUCAGGGCGGGGGUCACGGCCAGGGGCGCAGCAGCACUUUGAACUUUAACCUUUACAAUAACACUAAGCAUGAGCCCCCUGCUGGCCGCUGGCUGCCACUACCUCCUCCUCCGUCUGCUAACGCUACCCCAUCUCAGCAGGCUGCCAUGCUGGAUAAUGACCAGGAGGGGGUGUCAGGGAGCAACCAGUGGGCUCCCUACUCACUUGGCAGGAGGGAUGUCCCACCUGACAACCUCAUGAAAAAGAGUGCCCACUCCCAUAACCCUUCGCAUCAAUCACACAACACACACAUGAUCGCCACUUCCUCUUCCUCCUCCUCAUCCACUACGCCCCAUCGUGUGGUCGGGCAGCAGGGCUACGAUGGCAUGAUGAAUAAAGGCCAAUACCAACCAGGGAUGCCCUUGUCAGUGGUUCCUUCUGGGGGGCCGGGGCAGUACCAAAGCACCAUGCCUCAAGGCCUUCCUGCUCCUGGACAGGCUUACCCUAGCUCCGGCCUGCCCAUGGCCCUGUCCCCGUCUGGGAACCAGCCCCAGUACAACCCCCAUACUUCCCACUCCUCCCAUCAGCCAGCCACCAACCCCCAGUACCACAGCAGCCAGGGCAUGGUCCAUAGCAACCAGGUUAUCAUGACCCAUACCAACCCACGUCCUCAGAGCGCUCGCUGCCUGUUGCAGACUAAAGGCCAGAAGAGCACGGAUGGUUUCCAGGAACAGUUGUGUGUAAGAAUAGAGAAGAACCCUGGUCUUGGUUUCAGUAUCUCUGGUGGCAUCAGUGGCCAGGGGAACCCCUUCAAACCCUCCGACAUGGGUAUCUUUGUUACUAGGGUACAGCAUGACGGGCCUGCCGCCUCUGCCCUGCAGCCCGGGGACAAGAUACUGCAGGCUAACGGACAUAGUUUUUUACACAUGGAGCACGAGACAGCCGUCUCUCUGUUGAAGAGUUUCCAGCGGAUGGUGGACUUGGUAGUACUGAGAGACAGCAGCACGCGCUAAAAAUAAUUUUAUAACAAACAAACAAACAAACACAACGCUUCUCGACUCUGCUCUUCGCCAUCCCAUGCCACCCCACCUGCCCUCUACUGGAGGCUUGUGGACCUGAAAAACGAGCCGCCUUUUUUACCUUUUUAGGGGAAUACACAGACAUUUAUUUGCCUAUUGCUGGACCAAAGGCAAAUACUAGUGCCAAAUGUACCAUAGGAAACAUAUCGGCUCUUCUGUCCAGCGGCGGUCAGGGACCUGAUCGACAACUGGAUGGACCACAAGAGGACUCUAUGCUUUGAGUUCCUACAGGGCUGCUGCAGUUUGGAUUUUGUGGUUGGUUUGUUAAUUAGUCAUCUGAUCAGUCAGUCUGAAUAGUUUUUGUUUUUGUUGGUUAGUUAGAGUUCUGGGGUGUUUUUGCCACUGCCUCUUAUUUUGCUGUCCUCUUCUGUUCUAUUCUGUUUUCUGUUGUCUUGUAUUGUGUUUUUCUUCUUUGUCUUUUAUUUUCUGUUCCAUUCUUCUCUUUCCUUCACCAUCUUGUGUUUUUAGUCUUUUUUGCUGUCUUCUGUUCUUCGCUGUUCUGCAGGUAUUAUUGCCUCCAGUGUACAGAAAUUGAAAACUUAAGACUUUCUGCCUUGUGUACAUAUAUCGAGCUGCAGCUUUCUAGAGCUGCAGUCUCCUUGGGGCCUGGACAGACAGCUCUAAAAGUUUAUGAGUAAUAUAAAUAUUGUUGAUAAACCGCAUUCUGAAUUCUCUCCUAUGAACAUACAGGGAUUAUUUCUCCAAAUGGACAUUUUUCUAAAGUAUACCACAGAUUUCCUUCUGUAAAGAAAACACUGUUCAUAGUUCAUCACAGCUACUUGUUUUUUUGUUUUUUAAACUGUUGCUUGCACAGCUGUGCUGAAAAGAGCUAAAGCAAUAUUUCUGAGGCUCAGCCCAUUGAGAUUUUCAGCAGAGCCUAACUUGUCCUGCAGUGCCAUCUACCAAGCAAUGUUUACAUACACUGCCAUGCACAUAAACUCACAGGCAAACACAGAUAUUGUAUACAGUAGACGUAUGUGCCCCCAUACACAACACACUGUGCACUACUGCAUAAUGAAGCCCUGUCUAUAUUCUAGCCUCAUUUUUAGAAUUCAACUGCUAUCAUAAAACCAGUCACACUCACACACACACACACACACACACACACACACACACACACACACACUGUAACAUUAUUCAUAACUUCUGUGCCAAUAUUUUGAGGUCCUGUUUUCUAGUAUUGUUACAGCAAUGUUGCAUCCUUUUUAGCUGUUUGAGUUGUAUGUCAAAGUCACAGCAUGCUUUCAUAUCAUUGGUCACUGAACCAGCCAUUUUAUGUUGUCUUCUAGACUUCUCUACACUGUAGACGACUCUAGAUGUAAAAUAUCACUGAGUUUCAGUGAGACUGAUGUUCUAUAAUUGGUGCCAUAUAGACCCUCUGCCCCUCUCUGGUUGCAUUUACACAGGCCCAAAGCAUCAGAACUUUACCUCUUUGUGGCCCAGAUCUGAUCUGCACACAGUGGGCGCAGCGUGAAAACUGUUUCUUAACAUUUGGUAACCAUCACCUCUGGGGAAGUGUCCUGAACUCUGGCCUCCCUGUGGAAAGCAAUGAGAGAAAAGAGAAUGUCCCUACAAGAAUCAGUAAGGUAUAACACACGGUGUUAGUGUCUUAAUGGGUAAAUCUGUAGUGAAUCAGAGUUUCCCUUUUUAGACAAUCAGGGAAAGAUCUGCUCUGCGUCACAAAGACUUUUGUCUAAACUUGAAAUUUCAGUGUAACUUUUGUAACCUGAAGAGAUGCUCAUUGACUCUAGGUGGACAACUUAGUUGAUGAAUGUUAAAAAUUAUAUGUGGAUAGAGUCAGAUAGUGUUUGGAAUAUGACAUUAAGAAGAGCAGGGAAACAAAGAAAAGUAGACUCAGAUGUAGAAACUGAGCGUUUUUUGGAGCCAUGUCAAUGUGGCUUUGGCCAUGCUUCAGAAAUUGUAUUGGCAUGACAAAAGUAACCACAGAAAAAGAGCGAAGAGGUUCAUUUUCUGUCUUUGUGUAAAUGCAACACAUGUCUUGAAGACUUUUCAUGACAGGGAGUUUUGUUCUGUUCUGUAUAACAUCUGAUGUUUCAUUCAGAGCAAAACAACAUCCUUCACUGUCCUUUGCUUUUACUUGACAUGACAGUGUCAUCCUGUGCCCAUUUUGUGUCAACUCUUUUAAUAAGAGUUAGAAUUUUGUUAAUUCAAUAUAAGGGACACAAAAUGACACAGUUUAGUCAUGUGGUUGAGAGAUCUUAACCACAGGUACUCACCUAACCCUAUUUAGAGUUUUAGUUUGAAUCAAAGAUAUUGUGAUGAGAACAGAGAAAAAGGUUUGAUAAUAUAAUUAUUUUUUACUACAUGUUUCAGGUAAUUCUUUCUAAAUAUAUUGAUAUACCUUAGCUUUGCUCAAAAAUUGUGAUAUUUUAUAAUAAUGACACUUAUAACAAAGUUAUGGAUGGAAGUACGCACAGUAUGACUUGGAGACCUACACAUGUACUAUCCAAAACUGUAUAAAAUGUAUUUCUACUGUAAUUGUGAAUUUGUGUUAUACAAAUAUAUAUAUAUAUAUAUGUAUAUGACUAUAAAAACAGUCAUUUUCUAUGUGUUUAAACUACAUAAGAGCUGAACAAAUGGAGGACGGUGUCACUGUACAUAGCUGUGAAUGAAAUCCAAUUUAAAAUGACUCAUAUUGAUUGUGAAUGUACUCAUGCUUUCUGCAGUACCUACACCUACCCAACUUGAAUGCUGCUUCUUCUGUUGUGUGACAAAAAGUACUUUGACCUCCGAAAAAGAGAACCGCUGUAAAGUUAUAAGUUGGACAAAUUUUAGUGACGAUUUAACAAAACUAUUUAUUUCUUUAUUUAUUUGCACAUGCAAGUUGAACUCCUUCCAGUUUUAAGUUUGAGUAUUAAUGCGGAGAAAUGUAAUUGCAGAAGUAUAUAUAAUAUAUAUCAUGUGUUUAGAAUGCAUUUUGCAGAUGCUAUCUGUACAUACUAUUUAAGAUACAGUUUUUACAAAAAAUAAUAUAUGUAUAAAAUUGAAAAAAUGCUGUGCAGCGAUUAUACUGGAGCCAUUUUGGGCUUUGGGACGUACCAUUUUUUCAGUAUAUAAGAAGUGUUUUGAAUAAUGUACUAAAGUCUCUAUUGUACAAAUAAUAAAAAUGUCACUAUUGGUAAUCUGGGUUCCUCCUGGU